AUGGACCUGACCCGUCGUAAUCCGUCGUUCAAUGCUGGCGCGCCGGUUGGCGAGACCAGCACGCCGACGCAAAACAUGGACUCGAUUUUGAACCGCACAGCGCCGGCGACGUCGAUAUUCCAAAACAGCCUGAACCUCCUCGACAAGCUCGCAUGCAUCCCAGGCUUCGAGUCAUACCUGUCCUCGUUGCUCGACGACAGCAGCCGGGAUGCGCCUGGCGGGUCGCAGUACCUCGACCCCAUCCAGCUGCUGUGGGACACGUUCCGCCAGGGGACAAGUCUGUGUGUGCUGUACAAUGCCCUGGGACCGGCGGAGCCGCUUCGGACAACGCUUGACGACGUGCCGAACACAUUGAACCAGCGCAAGGACCGGGUGUACCGGUUUGUGAAGGCGUGCAAGGAGAACCAAAUUGUGCGGGAUGAGGACCUGUUCACAAUUUCGGACCUGUUCAAAGAUGACACGAAUUCGUUUGUCAAGGUCCUGAAAACAGUCGGGAUUGUGCUUGACGUCAUUGAGGGCCGCGGCCUGCUCGAUAUGAGCAAGCUGGAGAAGAAGCCGUCGGCGAGGUUUACCGAGACCCAGCUAGGCCCGCCGCAGGACAACCGGGAGCGCGUCAUCAAGGAGUUCGUCGAGACCGAGCGGAGAUAUGUGCAGGAUUUGGAGACUCUCCAGGGAUACAUGCAAGAGCUGCAGAAGCAAAACAUCAUCUCGAACGAGACAACUCGGUACAUGUUUGCCAACCUCAACUCGAUGGUGGACUUCCAGCGGCGAUUCCUGAUCGGCGUCGAGGCCAACGCGUCGCACCCGCCCGAGGACCAGCACUUUGGGUCUCUGUUCAUCAACAUGGAGGAGGGCUUUGCCGUCUACGAGCCGUACUGCGCUAAUUUCACACGUGCGACAAAGCUGUGUGCAUCCGAGGAGCAGGCCCUGCAGAAACUGGCCCACGUAAUUGAGCCGCACUACGAGCUGCCGUCGAUGCUGAUCAAGCCCGUGCAGCGUAUCUGCAAGUACCCGAUGAUGAUGGACGAGCUGGCCAAGUUUUACGACAAGGAGUCUGCCACGCACCAGGAGCUGAAGCAGGGCGUGGCGGCCAUCAACCGCGUUGUCGAGCAGGUCAACGAGGCAGAGCGCAAGGAAGGCAACCUGGCUGUCGUGAGCGAGCUCGAGGAGCGCGUCGAGGACUGGAAGGGCUACUCGAUCUCGACAUUCGGCGAGCUGUUUUUGCACGACACCUUUGUCAUGUCGACAACGGGCGUGGAGCGUGAGCUGUACAUCUACUUGUUUGAGAACAUCCUGAUUUGCUGCAAGGUGGUCAGCGAGCGGGACAGGCGCCGCACCAACAGGGUCCGGUCCAACGGGCUGCAGCUCAAGGGCCGAAUCUUCCUCUACAGCAUACACAGCAUCGUCGACACCACCCGCGACAACCAGCUCAGCUUGACCAUCUACUGGCGUGAUGUCGUCAUGGAGAACUUUAGUCUGGCGUGCCGCUCCGAGGACCAGCUCAAGCUGUGGAAGAGCACCAUGGACCGUCUGAUUGCGCGUACCAACGAGAAGACCAUGCAGGCCAAGGCUGCCGCUGAGCAGGCACAGCUGGGCAUCUCGGGAAGCCAGAUGUCGCGCGGCCUAGGCAGCAUGCAGAGUGGUGACUACGACAGCGAGGACGAUGUUUCUGCGAGCCGUCGCGGGCGGUACUCGGAAGGCUCGAGUCUUACUGCUGCCAUGCGCCACGAGAAGCAGCAGCAGCAGGGCGGGCUCACCCCAAUGGGCAGCAGCAUGUACUAUGGCAACCACAUGAUGCCGCCGCUGCCCGUGCCCUCGAUGCCGCGCAACGAGACCGACCCCUAUCCUAAAGCAGCAGCAGCAGAACGUGAUGACCAGCAUGGUGUCGUCACCGAUCCCAACUGCCUUCAGCUCGGCGAUGUCGCCGAUCACGCCCAACGGCACCAACGGCGUAACCACGCCGGCGCCGCGGAUGGGCACCCCGCCUGUGAUGACAGCGGCAGUACACGCAGCACGCCGGUGCCCAGCAACCAGGCACGGCCGACCAAGGUCAAGGUGCAUUUCCAGGAGGACAUCUUUGUCAUUGUCGUCAAGCCCGACAUCCAGUUCAAGGACCUGGUGGAGCGCGUCGAGCGCAAGAUCAAGAUCUGCGCUGGUCCACGGGUCGGCAUCACCGGCGGGCUGGAGCACGACCUGGCUACGUCACCGCCGCUGGGUAUCCGCUUGAGGUACCAGGACGAGGACGGUGAUAUGAUUAUUAUUGGAUCCAACGACGAUGUGCAAAUGGCGUUCGAGUCGGCCAAUGCCUCGAGGAGCGAUGCGACGGUCAUGGGCACGCUGAAUAUCUUUGCGUCAGUCUAA